UGGAGAGAGCGAGAGCAAAGAGCGAGAGCGAGGGAGAGCGGAGGGAGGGCGAGGAAAGACACACGCACGCCGAGACACACGGUCACUGGAAUUCCAUUAGAAAAAAGUGAGCCGGGCCGGGGCGAGCGGGAGAAGGCUUUUUGAAUCUUUCUUCGGCUCGGCGCGAAAGAAGCGGCUCGGGUCUCGUCCUCGAAGCUCCAACUGGACCGAGGCUGGCGCUCACACCGUCGGUGGAUUUCUUUCCGCUUUGCAUUCGCUUCUGACCCCCUCCCCGGCCGCUUCCUCCCAGCCCUUCGCUCCACACCGCCUGCCCCCACCUCCCCAGACCCCUCCUGGGAAGCGCCGGGGAAUCGGACCGCGGGGACUCGCGCCUUCCCGGACGCGCGGAGGGGAGGGCUGACCUCAGGACCGGGUGUCGGCUGGUAAGGCAGGCAGACAGACGUGCGUGCGGCUUCGAGGGGCGCGGGGGGCGGCAGAGGCAGGCCACCGCUCUUUUCACCCCACCCCCUCCAGCCAGAGGCGAGAACCACAGGACUCCGGAUCUUCACCGGGCGGACUAGCUGGGAUCUCCGCAUUGGAUUUGGGGCUGACUAUCGCUGCUUGGCUGUUAUUAUUAUUGCUGCUGCUGUUAUUUUUUAACCCAAGGGAGAAAGACCAAAAAAACCUAAAAAACUGUGGGAUUUAUUUAACAUGAUCUUGGCAAACGCCUUCUGCCUCUUCUUCUUUUUAGACGAGACCCUCCGCUCUUUGGCCAGCCCUUCCUCCCUGCAGGGCCCCGAACUGCACGGCUGGCGCCCCCCAGUGGACUGCGUCCGGGCCAAUGAGCUGUGCGCAGCGGAGUCCAACUGCAGCUCCCGCUACCGCACGCUGCGGCAGUGCCUGGCCGGCCGGGACCGCAACACCAUGCUGGCCAACAAGGAGUGCCAGGCGGCCCUGGAGGUUCUGCAGGAGAGCCCGCUGUAUGACUGCCGCUGCAAGCGCGGCAUGAAGAAGGAGCUGCAGUGCUUGCAGAUCUACUGGAGCAUCCACCUGGGGCUGACCGAGGGUGAGGAGUUUUACGAAGCUUCCCCAUAUGAGCCGGUGACCUCCCGCCUCUCCGACAUCUUCAGGCUGGCUUCCAUCUUCUCAGGGACAGGAGCAGACCCUGCGGUCAGCACCAAGAGCAACCACUGCCUGGACGCCGCCAAGGCCUGCAACCUCAACGACAACUGCAAGAAGCUGCGGUCCUCCUACAUCUCCAUCUGCAACCGCGAGAUCUCGCCCAGCGAGCGCUGCAACCGCCGCAAGUGCCACAAGGCCCUGCGCCAGUUCUUCGACCGCGUGCCCAGCGAGUACACCUACCGCAUGCUCUUCUGCUCCUGCCAGGACCAGGCGUGCGCCGAGCGCCGCCGCCAGACCAUCCUGCCCAGCUGUUCCUACGAGGACAAGGAGAAGCCCAACUGCCUGGACCUCCGCAGCGUGUGCCGCACCGACCACCUGUGCCGGACUGAAUUGUACAGCUGGCAUGCAGGAUGCCUUGCCUCCUACCAGACGCUCACCAGCUGCCCUGCCGACAACUACCAGGCCUGCCUGGGCUCCUACGCCGGCAUGAUUGGGUUCGACAUGACGCCCAACUACGUGGACUCCAGCCCCACCGGCAUCGUGGUGUCCCCGUGGUGCAGCUGUCGUGGCAGCGGGAACAUGGAGGAGGAGUGUGAGAAGUUCCUCAGGGACUUCACCGAGAACCCUUGCCUCCGGAACGCCAUCCAGGCCUUUGGCAACGGCACAGACGUGAACGUGUCCCCUAAGAGUCCCUCGUUCCAGGCCACCCAGGCCCCUCGGGUGGAGAAGACGCCUUCUUUGCCGGAAGACCUGAGUGACAGCACCAGCCUGGGGACCAGCAUUAUCACCACCUGCACGUCUGUCCAGGAGCAGGGCCUGAAGGCCAACAACUCCAAAGAGCUGAGCAUGUGCUUCACCGAGCUUACAACGAACAUCAUCCCAGGGAGUAAAAAGGUGGUCAGACCCAGCGCGGGCCCCAGCAGCGCCUGCCCGUCAGCUGCUGUGACUGCACUGUCCCUCCUGGUCCUGACGCUGGCCUUGUAGGCCCGGGCGCCGUCGGACAGGAGCGCCCGCCUGGCGGAGUGGAGACAGACACACGCACCUUGCAAAAAAUUUCUUCCCACCUUGUCUCUGAACCUGUCACCUCCCAGGUUUCUUCUCUGGAGAAGUUUUUCUAAACCAAACAGACAAGCAGGCGGGCAGCUGAGAGCCGGCCCGGAGGCGCCCUGGCAAGGGGGACCCAGCGCUCGCAGGGCGAGGUGCCCGGCACUUUCUCCUGGCAUGGUCUUCUCUGCAUCUUCUGAAGCCAGACACCGGAAUGAGACCCCGACAGCGACGGGACCUGUGGCCGUGCCCGCUGCAGGCCGAGGGCAGGACAGCUGUGGCCAACCUCUCGAGCUGCCCACUGUGGGGAACC